GACGAUAUAGAACUAUUUGAUAAUUGGGAAGGGCUUUAUUUGCUGCAACUCACUACGGAGUACCAUCCGCUACAUCGUGGAUAAGGUAGUACGGUCUUGUGAAUGUGAAUGUAAGUGCGUCAUCGUACCUCAGGUGCCUUAUUCCACUGGCAUUGACGUCAGGAUUCCAGCCGCACACGCAUCUGGAACAUCAUCCCUGUCAUGCCCUGAACAUGGACGCCCGACAUUUGAAUGCUCAAUCCUAGAAUGUGCCUCCGAGUGUUUAGCCUCAGCUACAAAGCCUACCUUGGGCACCCAGCUGCCAAGCGAUACACUGCCAGCAUGGCCACCACACUUGCUGCAUCGCAGGGACAAGGCCUGGGCGAUUCGGGCAAAGUCAACUUCCCUACCGACGCGAAGCUGCCGGGCAAACAUUUCGAGCCCCGUCAGACCAACGACACACCUAGCGACUACACGCCCAACCCGAGCAAAUCGCUGCCCCUAUCACCGGCUCGCAGGGCACUGGUCGAUGACAUAAUCUCGCUCUACGAGCUGGGCGCCACGGUGGAACGAGUGAGGCGGUACACACCCGACGCCGUGUACAACGACGAGUUGGGCUACGCCGACGACCGGUACAAGAUCGCGGGGCAGUGGUUCGGCCUGCCCUACGUCUUCAGCGCCGGCAAGAGCAAGGGCCACGAGGUGGUUACCAAUGACAGGGACCUGAUCCGGUUCCGCCACGAAAUGGAAUGGACGCCGAAGCUCGUGCCCAAGACGAUCCGGCUGCGGUCGCUCGUCUCGCUCGCCCUCGACCCGGCAACCGUCGACCAGGAUUUUAUCCGAGUCAAAUACCACAAGGACCAGGCCAGCGCUGAGGACUACAGCAAUGAGGGCGUCGGGGCCAUGUUGAAGAAGUUGCAGGCUGAGAGUACGGCUAGAGUAUUGAGCGCUGUGAACGAUGAUCUCAAUGCUUUUGCUCCUGACAAGGGCGCGGGUGGUGGGUAAGAGGU